UCAAAACAUUUUGAGAACAAGAAGUAACAGGACUGCUGCAGGCGAGUAUGACAAACUUUUCUAUGUAAAGUAGGGUUAAGGACCACGCAGUCGGUGUUUUAAGAUCAAACGAGCCCUGGAUCAAUAAAGAGAGCUGCACUACGUCAGAAAAAGCACACGACUGGGUGAAGAGUGAGAAGCAGAGUGUUAAGAGGCUUCAUUGUGUUGAGCCACGAUGCCUCACUAAGACUUCUCAUCCCACAUUGCAGAGAGGUUACUGCUGUUAACCUGCAAACUGCGUUCGACCCACUUGAAAACCAACCAACCCACCCCCCCCCCAACACACCAUACACAGUCACACACACACACACACACACACACACACUGCUGUCUUCUAUUUAAGCACAAUGUCUUCUCGGGGUCAGGACCCGCAGCUGGAGUGCCAGAUCUGCUUUCACUUCUACAGUAGCUGGCGGCGGCCCAAGCUGUUGGGCUGUGGUCACACCUGCUGCUCGGUGUGCCUGCGGCGCAUAUGCAGGGCCCGGCGGGAGCUUGCCUGCCCCUGGUGCCGCUCCCUCACCCUCCUCCCCAAGGGCCUCUCCGUGUCCGAGCUCCCCGAUGACCCACAGACGCUUCCCCUCCUGGUGCGCCAAGCGCCCGUGUUCAUGCGCCUGCCCGGCCACGACUGCUACCUGCUGCCCUUGGCGGUGGAUGCCCAGGCUCCUCUGUUGCCCGCGGAGCUUGCACCCUGCUUGGUCAGAGCCUGUCAGUUGAAGGGUGUUACCAUGGUGACACAUGCCGAUAACAGGAUGCUGGAUUUGGAGAGCGGAGGAGGCGGAGUAGGAGUAGAAGGAGAAGAAUACCAGAGAGAGGAGCAGGAAGUUGAACAGUCACGCUGGACAAAGGUCUGCACAGUGGUCCUCGUUGUCAUCAUCAUCCUCCUUCUGCUAGGCGUCAUUUUGCAAAAUAUUACAUGUGUCUCCAAACCUUUCACAAUAAUAUCAUGUGGAUAAAGCCAUAGAGGAAAUAGAUGGAGCCUCCACUGACUGUGACAAACGCUGCUGUAGAGAGGGUCUAAAGGACUAACUGCUCAUUCUUUUUUUACAAGGAUAGUGUUGCAGCACCAAGAUCAGGAUAGGAAGGUGGUGAUGGGAUAUUUUUCUAUUUUCCAUUAUUGUAUAAAAACAUUCCUAAACCUAUUCCUGACCUGUUUAUAAACAUGUUCACAGAACAACACAGUCUUAACCUACAGUAUAUACAUAUAGACAAUGGCCACUGGUGAUUGGUACUGUUAUACACAAUCCAAAGACUGUUUUGUUUGUCUAUCUGAGAAUCUACUUGAAGAAAUGUUAGCAAUAAAUGUAUUCCAAGCAAUCAGUUCCAUACAAGUGUUUUAAAACAAUGAACUGUGAAAGUGUUCUUUUUCCCUAUUUCUGUAAACCUGGUAUUGAAGAAACACAUUGAGGCAAACUGUUUUUUUAAAGGCCACCAAAAUAAACUCUGAGUAAGGUCCAUUUACUGUACAUAGGCAGAUA